AACUGCUAGUCAGUUGUGAUGAGUUCCCUCCAUGCUACAAACAAACUACUCCACCUUCUCCACAAAAAACUAUCUCCCAAUCAGCUCACUUUACAAAUCCUCUCUUCUUACCCUUCAUUUCUCAUCUCUCUCCCACUCAAUCUCUCUCCACUCUCAUCUCUCCCACAGCCCACCUCAAUUUCCCACCCACUUCAACAACCCAGUUCCCUACAAUGGCGCCUCAUGAUGCGCAGACACGCCUCAGACCCCUAUCCUAUCAAAGCACUCACCUUUUUCCAAGAAAUGGUGAAUCUUGAUGACCCAAGUUGUUCGAUUUUCGAUCCGUUUGUUUAUGCUUCUUUGAUCAAAGCUUGUAAUAGAAUUGGAGCUGUAAAAGAAGGGAAAUCGGCGCAUUGUUAUGUUAUUAAAGUUGCUUUGGAUUGUAAUGUGUAUAUAUUGAAUAGUUUGGUUCACUUUUAUUCUGGUUCUGCGAAGUUGUUGAAUUAUGCUCGUGUGUUGUUUGAUAGAAGUUGUGAAAGAAAUGUUGUUACUUUUAAUUGUAUGGUAUCGGGGUAUGUGAAAGCUGGGGAUUUUCGUGUUGGGUUGAGUUUGUUUGUGAAGCUUUUGAGGGGUGGUUUUGGAUUGAGUUUGAAGCCGAAUUAUGUGACUUUGGUGAUUUUGGUUUCCGGUUGUGUUCAGGUUGGGGGAUUUAGUGUAGGAAAUUCUCUUCAUUCAUAUUGUUGUAAGACAGGAUUGGAGUUGAAUAAAGAGGUUUGUAAUGUUCUUAUUGAUUAUUAUGCGAAAUGUGAGUGUAUUCAUAAGGCGGCAAGAGUGUUUAGUGAUAUGCCUGAAAAGGAUUUAGUGUCAUGGAAUACGAUGAUCACAGGUUAUGCUAAGAGUAGUGACUCCAGGAAAGCAUUUGUUUUGUUUAGGAAGAUGAGGAAUAAUAAUAUAGCCAUAGAUAGAGUGACUUUAAUCGGUUUGAUUACGGCAUGUGCUAAAAUUAGAGACUGUAAGGUUGGAAAUGCUAUUCAUGGUUAUGCAAAAGUGUGGGGACUGGAUAGCACCGUUGCUCUUGGAACUGCAUUGAUUAACAUGUAUUCUAAAUGCGGACUGAUCCAAUAUGCGAGAAAAUUGUUUGAAAAACUCCCUAAACAAUGUAUUGACCCUUGGAACUCCAUGAUACAUGCCUAUGUUGAAUGUGGUCUCUGUAACGAAGCUCUAGAUCUAUUCCCUCAGAUCCAGUGUCAGAAACUGAAAGUAGAUGAAACUACCAUGCUAGGUUUAAUUUUGGCUUGUCGAAAUGCAGGUGAGUUUCAUGCUGGUUGGCAUUUACAUAAUUAUAUAGAGGAAAGUAGUCAUCUCCGUGGGAGUACUCAUCUGUGCAAUGCUCUUAUAGACAUGUAUGCAAAAUGUGGGACCAUGGAUCGAGCUAAAAGUGUUUUUGAUGCUAUGUCGAAUAGAGAUGUUAUCUCAUGGACAACUAUGAUAACGGGGUAUGCUAUUAAUGGCGAAGUGGAGGAGGCUAUAGUUACUUUUAAGCACAUGGAUGCUGAAAAAAUUAUGCCGAAUUCAAUCUCAUUUCUUGGAGUUCUGUUAGCAUGUAACCAUGCUGGUAGGACAGAAGCUGGCAGAAAUUUUUAUGCAAUAAUGCAGCAGGUGUACCAAAUUGAACCAACAAUAGAGCACUAUGGGUGCAUGGUCGAUAUGGAUGCUCGUGCUGGAAUGCUAGGGAAUGCCUAUCAAUUUGUGAAGAAAAUGCCGAUAGAACCAAAUGAGGUUAUUUGGAGGAUGUUAAUGAACGCUUGUAGAGUUCACAACUAUUCUGAUUUAGGGCUAAACAUGGUGAAUGCACUUAAACUACUAAAGACGAUUGAUCCAGAAGAUCAUGUUCUUUUUUCUAACAUUUUUGCUGAAGCAGAGAAGUGGGAUGAUGUUUUAUGCCAAAGAAGUGUGAUGCUAGUUCAGGAAGCUACAAAAGUGGCCGGAAAGAGCUCAGUCUCCUUCUUAACAGAGUGAAGCUCUAGGUGUGGGGAGUUUUUUUUUGCAUGACAUCAAAAUUUUGUAGCCCGAGGCAUAUGGCUGCUAAAUUAAAUCCGUGAAAGUAUUGAUAUUAGCCCGAUGAUGAUAGAGAAGCCAUGACAUGACGGAUUAUGAACUUCACUAAUGUCUCCGGAUCUUCGCAGGAAAGAGGUAUGUAGUAGAUUAUAUUUGCUUUUGAUAUCUAAUACCUACAACAGCUUUCAAGGUGGACUGCAUUAAUUUACAUUUAGUAUGUAAUUGAUACGUAUAACAUCCCUCGACUCUAGUCCUUUGAUGCAUGAUAUCUGAUUCACCUUUUGAUACUUCAUGCUAAUUGCUA